AUGGCGCAGGAGCCGCCGCAGGCAGACGCGGGCGACGCUGUACAGAAGCCCGUCAAGCGCUCAUGGAGGCGCAAGUAUCGCAAGAUGCGCAUCAAGUUCGACGAGGCCAUGACGGACAGUGACAACCUCAUCAAGCAGGAGUGGAAGGCCAUGGGCACGGCGCGCCGCCUCCAGGAAAACAACGACCAGCUGCUGGACAUCCUCCUCGAGCUCAACGACCAGUCACGCGUGAACCCGCGCCUGCGCUUCGACCUGCGCAAGCUGUCGCCCGCCGACACCGCCGUGCCCUCGCUCGAGUCGGGCCCCGAUGCCCUCGCCAUCAAGCUGCAGCUGCAGGCCCUGCGCGACGACCUGGCCAAUGGCGCCAUCACCGCCGACGAGUACGCCACCCGCGCCGACCAGCUGCACACGUCGCAGUCGAUACAGCAGACGCUCAAGUCGCUCGCCAGCCUCGAGCACCGGGUGCCGCACACGACGCGCCACGACUUUGCCGACCACCCCGUCCCGGCCAUCGACAUCACCGAGCAUGCCCCCGGCUACAUGUCCCCCGCACACGAAGACGAAUACCUCCUCGCCACCGACCAGCUCCUCGAGCAGCCCGGCUUCGACCAGUCGCUGCACCACGGCCGCCCCAUCCGCCUCGCCUCGGCCCAGCCGCCGCUCAGCGAAAAGGACCUUACCGUGCGCAAUCCCGACAGCGUCUACAACUGGCUGCGCAAGCACCAGCCCCAGGUCUUCCUGCAGGACAAGGACGGCCCGCACCACGAGAAUCUGUCGGAAAAGUCGGCUGCCCCGAAGGCAACAAAAGCAACCGCAAAGGCAAAGAGAGAGUCGGCCAUAGGCACACCGGGCCCACGCGAACACGAAGACGACGACUCGGCCGCCCCAGAAACCGGAAAGGGCCGGCGGAAGACAGGCGCAGGCGAUGACGACACAGCCUACAGGCCCAAGGGUGGAAGCAGCCGGCCCACAAAGCGCAAGCGCGACGACGGCGACACUCCCAUAGCCAAAGGCAGGAAGAAGACUCGCCCAAGCACUGGACCGGCAGCUUGAAGAAAAACAUUGUUGUUGACCGAACAGACAGCAAUGCAGCCUUUUUUGUUUUAACGAGGUCCCAUGUCGCAUAUUAGCUCGACUGCAGCAUCUCAUUUUUUUCCUUUUUUUUCAAAAAUUACGUGUACUAGUAGUAUAAAGCCGUUCAUGGAAUAAUGGAGAAGAGGCGUCAUGGGCGUUUUAACUUUUUUUUUGGAAAGCCAGAAGGGAGAGAGGCACGGAUGUACGGGGGCACGGAGGAGGGCGCGUUACUACAAGCGCGCAUUCGUUGGGUCUAGAUAUUAUACCC